AUGGUCCAUCCCAAGAUUAUAAGGACUUCCUUGUGGUCAAUAGAUGUCUAUUCUUUAAGAGCAGACUCUGCAUUCCACGCACAUCCCUUCAUGACUUCCUCACUUGGGAAUGUCAUGUAGGAGGUUGACGUGACUCAGUCGUUGUAUGUUAAAUCACGCAAAUAUAAAAUUUAUAAAACUAGAAAAUACGAAUUUUCGGAUACUUAGAAGUAUUUCUAAAUAAAUAUAUCAAUUAUAAUUCAAUAAAAAUUCCAAAAAUAGCGGUAAUUUUCCAGGUCUAUCACAGGGAUGUAAUAUAAUAUCUGGUAAUUAUUCAGAAUUUUUCUCAAUGAGUACGAUUUUCUUACGAAUUUUAUACUAAGAAAUAAAAAGGAAAUAUAUUUAAAAUUCACAAAAAAAAGGAAAUAAGGGUGCGGACGUCAGGAUGACGUCAGCGCCCGGCCAACGCGAAUGAAGCAGAAACAGAGUUCCGCCCGGCGAUUCUUACGUAGGCGAUUAUAGACGACUCAAUUAAUCAAAUUAAGAUCUGUAAAAGCCGGAAGAAUCGUAAUUGAACGAAGUAUAGUUUGGUAAAUUAAAAUCAACAAAGUAUCACUAAAUGAAGCAUAAAUUAAACUGAAAGCAGGAAAACAGAGUUCCGGCGUCGCGACGGCGAUGCGUCGGCGAUGCACCGGAAUCCUGAGCGUUCGGGAGGAUCAUCGUGCAGUGUCCACGGCCUCAAAGGCUCUCCUUGGAUAAAGACGACGUGGGCAAUCUCUAGAUCUUCUCGCGAAGUCUAGAGACCAAUGAAGUGGGUCGUCGAAUCGUCUCCGGCGGCUGUCACCCAGCGGAGCGGAAAAACGGCGACUUUGCAGCUCUCCGGCGGCUGUCACCCGACGGAGAGGAGCUGGAUGGAGGUGGGGCGUGUGUUAGGGAGCUUCAUCCUCAGGUCCGCGCAGCAAGAGGAGGCUCUUCAUCGCAUUUGGUACGCUCUCAGGAGGUGGUGACUGGUCUCCCGGCGGAUCGUUUUCUUCCCGACGACGGCUUGUUCGUCGAUCAAUCGGAGAUGAUUUACUUGGUGGAUUCGCGAUCCUUUUAUCGCGAAUCGUUCAGCAAUUUUAGUAGCAAUGCUCCACGAAUCGCGUUAAUGAGAUUUUCGCCGAUGAUUCAGCGAUUCUCGUUGCUUAAUCCUUCCCCGGCGAUAUGCAGGAAAGUUGCGAUAAUCAAAUAAAAAUAUAUGAAUUUUGACUCUGGAAGGAUUCGAACCCGCGCCGGUCGCCCGCCUCUUCUGGGAUUUAGUCCCACAUCGGUUGUUCGCCGAUUUUUUGGGCGAAUAUAUAGUAAUGUUAGAUUUGUGAGCAAAGCCCAUUCUCUCGUGUGUAUGACCACUCCUUGCCCCACAGCCGGCUGGCCACCGGUGAUGUGGAAGGGGAGUGGCGUACGCGUGCCCUGUCGGUCCCCAAGUCAAGCCGCUCGAGCCCCUGCUCGUGGCUUACUCCCCGACUGCGCUUCCGACCUGCUCGCGGGCCUGGCUGGCCGGCGGGUCCCUCUAUUUUUGAAAUUUUUUUAUUUUUAUUUCUUGUUCUUCAUUUAUCUCAAAAGUAAGACUGUAAAAAUCGUAUAAAAUCACAUAAUUACCCAAAAAUUCAUGUUAAUCAAUUGAAAACCAAAAAUCAUUCUUUAACACAAAUAUAAGUCUAUUUAUCAUGAGUUAAGGCUAAAACUAUAUUGUUUACUAAUUAUUAACUCAUGAUAAUGAAGACUUAUCAGAGGUCUAUCUGGCCAUUUCGAUCGUGAUAAGACCAUCGCAGCGGUUGAGUAUCAGUUCUACUAGCCGACUCUCAAGCGCAAUGUAGGAAACAUCGUCGCUUAGUGUCGAGUGUGCACACUCACCAAGUAAGUAAAGAAGAAUGUUGGACUCUACAUGCCACUUCUAGUGCCAACCUGCCCAUGGGAUGACAUCAGCAUGGACUUCAUUUUAGGACUCUCGCGCACUACAUGACGACAUGACUCCUUCAUGGUGGUCAUCGAUAGGUUUUCAAAGAUGGCACACUUCGUGCCAUGUUUGAAAACCUCUGACACCUCCAAGGUCGCUAGCCUCUACUUUAGAGAGAUUGUGCGCCUUUAUGGACUACCCAAAUCCAUAGUCUCAGACCAUGACAUACGGUUUACCAACCACUUUUGGAGGACUCUUUGGAGAUUACUUGGGACUAAGCUCAAGUUCUCUACUGCUUACCACCCACAGACUGACAGCUAGACUGAGGUCAUCAAUUGUAGCUUAGGGAAUCUACUUCGGUCAUUAGUCGGCAAGAGCUUGACCACUUGGGAUCUAAUCAUACAACGUGCUGAGUUUGCCUAUAACUCCUCGAUCAACCGUACCACUGGCAUGUGCCCCUUCAAGAUCACACAUGACUUAGCACCCUACAAGCCCAUAGAUCUAGUACCCCUAGACCCUCAUGUUAGAGUUUCCAAGGAUGGUGUCACAUUCGCCUAGCAUGUUAGUUAGUUGCAUCAGGACAUCCAUGAUAGGAUAUAGAAUCAGAAUGGAUUGUACAAGCAGGCUACUGAUAUGCAUCGUCGACCCCAGAUCUUCUAGGUGGGAGACCAGGUUAUGGUGAGGAUGAGGCCCGAGCGUUACGCUCCUAGCUCUGCUACGAAGCUUCCCACUCAUAUCAUCAGCCCAUUUUGUAUUCUUUCUCGAAUAGACGAGAACGCCUAUGUCGUCAACAUCCCUCCUUCAUGGGAGAUUAGCUCCAGGUUCAAUGUGGUGGAUCUGGUAUCGCACCAAGCCCCACCUCUUUCAUCUGACAUCGAGCCCUCAUCUACUAGCCCCUUUUCUGAGAAAGAGUUUGCCAUAGAGUCCACUCCCACCAUUUUACCACCUGAUUGGCACAAGUGAGUCGAGGAGAUUCUUCGGAAGGUAAUUGACUUUACAAGGGAUGGAGUUUCAUAGAGAUUCCUAGUACAUUGGUAGGGUCGCCUGUCAGAGGACGAUGCUUGGAUUUCAAAGGUAGACUUAGAGCAAUUAUGACCAGACCUACUAGAGUCCCUGCCUUCCCCACUUGCCAACUCAUCAAAGUCGAGUUCUUUCAACCUCGGGAAGAUUGAUGGCAAGAAGGACCCAUCUCCAUCAGCUCAAGAGACAACGGUAGUUCAAGUUCAGCCCGAUCGACGUGCGAAGAUGAAGGAGCCUAGCUUUCACUACAUGGCCUAG